AUGGCUCGCAAGAACGCCGCACAGAAGAAGGCCGCCGAGGAGGCGCGCCAGAAGCUCGAGCAGGAGAACCCGGACGAGGCGGCCCGCCUCGAGGAGGAGCGCGCCGGCAAGAGCAAGAAGCAGAUGAACCGCAAGGACAAGCCGUGGGACGUCGACGGCACCGACCACUGGUCCAUCGAGCCGUUCCAGGAGGGCGACAUGAAGGGCGUGCUCCUCGAGGAGAGCAGCUUUGCGACGCUCUUCGCCAAGUACCGCGAGACGUACCUGCGCGAGAUCUGGGGCCACGUCGAGACGGCGCUCAAGAAGCAUGGCAUCGAGGCCGUCCUCGACCUCGUCGAGGGCUCGAUGACGGUCAAGACGACGCGCAAGACGUUCGACCCGUACAUCAUCCUCAAGGCGCGCGACCUCAUCAAGCUGCUCGCACGAAGCGUGCCCUUCCCGCAGGCGGUCCGCAUCCUCGAAGACGGCAUGGACUGCGACAUCAUCAAGAUUGGCAACAUCAUCCGCAACAACGAGCGCUUCGUCAAGCGGCGACAGCGCAUCCUCGGCCCGGGCGGCUCGACGCUCAAGGCCAUCGAGCUCCUCACGCAGUGCUACGUCCUCGUGCAGGGCAACACGGUGGCGGCGAUGGGCGGGCACAAGGGCCUGAAGGAGGUGCGCAAGAUCGUCGUCGACUGCAUGAAGAACGUCCACCCGAUCUACCACAUCAAGGAGCUCAUGAUCAAGCGCGAGCUCGCCAAGGACCCCAAGCUCGCCGAGGAGAACUGGGACCGGUUCCUGCCCAAGUUCCGCCGGCGCCGCGACAAGAAGCGCGGGCCCGGUGCCGGUGGCGAGGGUGGCGCCGCGCCGUCGGGCGCCAACGCGAUCGCGGUCGACGGCGCAGAGGGCCAGCCGCCGGCGGCCAAGAAGCAGAAGAAGGAGAAGAAGCCGUACACUCCGUUCCCGCCGGCGCAGAUGCCGAGCAAGAUCGACCUCCAGCUCGAGUCGGGCGAGUACUUCCUCAAGCCGCGCGAGAAGCAGCAGCGCGACGAGGCCAAGCGCGCCGCCAAGCAAGCCGCCGUCGUCGCCGGGCGGAAAGACGAGCGCGCAAAGGCGUUUGUCGCGCCGGAAGAGGGCCCCGCACGGGCCGUCGUCGGCAGCAUUGGCGACGCGGCGGCGGCCAAGAAGGACAAGAAGAAGCGCAAGCGCGACGAGUGA